GCAGUACCUUUCCUGGUUUGCCUAACAUGUUAGUGCAUUGAUGGACGGGAAGGACUUUUAAGCCUUCAACACCAUUUUGCUCCUCAAAAGUCCAAACCAGCUUAACCUAAAGAGAAAAACCCAUGAUGGAUAAAGUAAACAGGAGAUAGAUGAUGAGUUAUAGCUAUAAAGAAACCACAAUACAACAAAAAGCACCAGCAACCAUGUUUUCAAAGUUGGAAUCCUAUUUCGGAUUUUCCUCUGUACCUUUCGAACGUUGGCAAUUUCUUCUACUCUCUCUCUCUCUCUCUAAAAAGCAUCAGAUUAAUUGAUUAAGGUCAUCUAGAUUCCAUACCCUUUACAGCCUCAGCCUCUCUCUCACCUUGCUCCAGCAACAUUUACCUUAUUUUCUUCACUGCAGUUCCAUAGUCUCAGUUUCACACCAUACCUGCCAAACUUGACUCCUAUUCUUCUCAUUUCCAUCUUCCAUCUCACCAUUCUAGAUUUUCUGUUUGCAUCAGCUUGGACGCCAAAAAAUUUUCUGUAAACUGUCUUUAAACCAGCCUUUUACAUGUAUGCCUGUUUUCCUUGGCAGUUUCCUUCUUUGCUAAAAUAUUGAAUAACCCUUCCUUUAUUACUUCUUCAUGGUCAUAAUGAUGUCCGGAAUGGCAGGAAACCAGUAUGAAAAUCAGCUGCCACCAUUAGUAGAGGCACCGCCAGUGGUGGUAUCAUUGCCCGGCUCUGCGGUGGACGACAUUUUGGGGGAACAGGGGAUCAUGACAUUGAGGGGUGGGUGGAAAGGAAGUGCAGAAGCUGCAUCGAUGCUGGUGUUCCUGCUGUUCCCCAGCCAGCAGAAGCCAAGCCAAAAGCAGAGGAGGCAAAGUCCUCAACUACGGAGGAAGCAAAGAAGUGACGGCAGAUGGAGGCGCACAGCCCACAAAGAGUUUACUUGCAGAGAUAAUACAUUGUAGAAAGCAUCAAGCAUUUGAUCAACAAAAGUAACAUAUGAAAUAUUACUAGUAGAGGUUUUUGUGGAAUCAUUUCUAACCCUUUUGUAACGGGCUGAAAUUUUUAUAGCUGUAGCCUAUAUAACAAAGAAGUCAUAUCCGUAGAUUCUCUAACAAUUAGGUCUAUAAAUUUGAGCUUCUAUAUUUGCAGAUGAGAAGAUUUCUUCUCCCCUCCCUUACA